AUGUUACUCUCCAACCUCACUGUCUUCAUGCCUUCUGUCUUGACCCUCAUUGGGAUCCCAGGCCUAGAGUCCAUGCAGUGCUGGAUCGGAAUCCCAUUCUGUGCCAUGUACCUUGUCGCUCUGAUUGGAAAUUCUUUGCUUCUGUUCAUCAUCAGGUCAGAGCAUAGUCUCCAUGAGCCCAUGUACAUUUUCCUGGGCAUGCUAGGAGCCACGGACAUUGCACUGGCUACCAGUAUUAUGCCAAAGAUGCUUGGCAUCUUCUGGUUUCAUUCACCAUACAUUGCUUUCGAUGGCUGCCUGUUUCAAAUGUGGCUCAUCCACACCUUUCAGUGCACAGAGUCUGGCAUUCUGCUUGCCAUGGCCCUUGACCGUUACGUGGCAAUCUGCUAUCCACUGCGACAUGCCACAAUUUUCACACACCAGUUGGUCACUCAAAUAGGAGCUGCUGUCACACUGAGGGCGGCCAUCCUUGUUGCUCCUUGCCUAGUGUUGAUAAAGUGCCGGUUCCAACUCUAUCACACCACAAUCAUCUCCCACUCCUACUGUGAGCACAUGGCCAUUGUGAAGCUAGCUGCAGGAAAUAUCAAGAUCAACAAAAUCUAUGGAUUGUUUGUGGCCUUCACUGUGGCGGGAUUUGACCUCACUUUCAUCACAUUGUCCUACGUCAAGAUAUUCAUCACUGUUUUCAACUUGCCCCAGAAGGAGGCCAGGUUCAAGGCCUUCAACACCUGCAUUGCUCACAUCUGUGUCUUCCUCCAGUUUUACCUCCUGGCCUUCUUCUCCUUCUUCACACACAGGUUUGGCUCUCACAUCCCCCCUUGGAUCCAUAUCCUUUUUUCAAGCAUUUAUUUGCUGGUCCCUCCAUUCCUCAACCCAAUUGUCUACGGGAUGAAAACCAAGCAGAUCCGCAUUAACGUGGUAAAAAUGUGCUGUUCAUAG